AAAAAAUAAUUUAUAAUGGCAACUGGUAAUGAUAAUUAUUUGGAUAUUUAUCGAAAUUUCUUUGAUAAUUUUGCAACAUCGUUAAAUCCACAUGAUCAAUUACCAGUAAAAUUAGCUAGUUAUAAGUUAAAUAAUGAUGAAAUUACAGGUGGGGUUGUUGAUUGGACAUUGCAAUAUUUGAAUCAAAAACACUGCCCGUCAAGUUUAACUGCAAUUUUAACACGAAUUGUAAUUGAUGAAAUCAAACAAACAUGUAAAAAUCAACCAGCCGCUUGUGGCUACAACGCUGAUAUAAAAGCUUACGAACCAUUAAAAUUGAUGAAAUCCGUCAUGUUAAAAGUAAAUGAAGUAUGCUUACGUUAUUUGGACAACAGUGAAUUGUACAGUUUACGGUCAUAUCCAUCGUUACAACAACCAUACCAUGCACCGAUUGUAUCGACAUUUGCGAUUAAAAAUACCAGACGAUUUAUGGAAGAUCGUUAUGUUUAUGUGGAUGAUUUGAAUACAGUUUUUGGUGUACAGGAUACUGAUGGGCCAUCGAGUUACUAUGCAAUAUUCGACGGUCAUGCAGGAGUUGAAGCAGCCGCUUACAGCGCAGCACAUUUGCAUCAAUAUUUAGCUGAAAGUCUUUAUUAUCCAACAAAUCCAGAACGUGCUUUACGCGAAGCAUUCGUUCGCACAGAUGCUGCAUUUGUUCAAAAAGCUCAACAAGAGGAUUUAAACAGUGGCACAACAGUUGUAUGCGCUUUGUAUCGUCCAAAACAGAAUAAAUUAUAUGUCGCUUGGGUUGGUGAUUCGAUGGCAUUAUUAGCAAAUCAUGGAAGUAUAUUACAAAUUGUGAAAGCACAUCGUCCGUCACGAAUUGAUGAAAAAGAACGAAUUAUAGAAAUGGGUGGUCUUGUCACAUCCUGGACCGGUGGUGUAUGGCGUGUCGAUGGAUCCUUAGCUAUAUCACGUGCUAUUGGUGAUGCUAAAUAUAAGCCGUACGUUACCGGAGAUCCUGAUAUCGCCGCAGUACCAUUAAAUGGCGGAGAAGAUUUUUUGAUUGUUGCCAGUGAUGGUUUAUGGGAUUGUGUUAGUGAAGAUCAAGCUGCUGCAUUUGUUUAUCGUCAUAUUUUCGAUAAUCCAGACGAUACUGCUUGCAUCAGUAAAAAUCUAGUACACUUAGCACGUGAAGAAGGCAGCAGUGAUAAUAUAUCAGUGAUAGUUGUAUUCUUACGUGAUCCACAUCAAAUCGCUACAACACCAUUACCACAAAACAUAGCAACGUGGCAUAACCUACAAGUACCAGACAGUCCAAAUCGUAACGGUGGUACUGGCAACAAUCAACAACAUCAACAAUCUAGCACAACAACUGACAACAAUAUGGAUUUAGAAUUAGAAUCAACAUUAGAUAAUAGCAACAACAAAACAAACAAUCCAUUUAUGAUCAACAAUUCAAAUCAAAAAGACGUAACUGUGACUACAAAUCCAGCAUGCUUGUUCGACGACAUCUUGAAUAAACAUCAAAAUGGGACCAACGAGGAUGCUUCACCAGAUCUAUUUUACAACAAUGAUAACAACAAAGUAACACCAAAUACAAACGGAAAGCGAGCAUCCUCAUUCGAUGACUAUGGUGAGGAUUAUGAGGAUGAAGAAGAUCGGUCCGAUGAUUUUGGACCAGAAACAGAUGUUGAUGCUGUGGAUGAAGGUCAAGCACAUCAUGUAACAAUAUCACCAACAAUGAUUGCAGCAAAACAAUUGGCUGAUGGUAUUGUGAAUAAUAAUCCGUUCGGAGAUGAUGAAUCGAAAUCACAACCGUAUGCCGAAUCCGAUCAAGAUGAUGAUGAUAUUUCGGAUGAAUUGAUGAUUCAAAAGGACGUUAAUGAAGAUGGUGAAUUCGUUGUUGUGACGAAUGAAUUUGAUGAGAAAUGUUACGAAACACGAAAUACACAUGAUAAUUCUGCUACACCACCCAUCGGUGCUGUUCUAGAUAACAGUGGAUGUGUGGCAACAGAUAAUGUAGCAGAAAGUGGUGAAGACACAGAUGACGAAGAGUGGAGUUACUUACGAGGUGAUAAAAAUAACGCAAUAGAAAAUUGUCAAGAUAAUCAUAUUAUUAGUGACGAUAAUAUUAUCACUGACGAUCAAGACAUGUCACAAUUGAAUCCAAACGCUGCUGAAUUUGUUCCUGUAUCACCAGUACGAAAUGCACAUGAUAUAACACCAUUAACACCACCAAAUUGUAAAAAUCUUCGUGAUGAAGAUUCACUUAUCGCACAAUCACCACAGCAACCUGCACCCAUGGCCCCAACUGUACCAAAUUCUGUAGAAAGCUUUAUUUGCGAGAUACGUGAACGACCUGGCGAUAAUGAAGAUGAUUUUAGUUCAACAACCGAAUCAAAUAAAGAUGACGAAAUUAAUGGUCAUCCAAUAAUAGAUCAUCAACAAAAUUCCACACAUUCCACAUUGGAAACCAUAUUAAACGGGAAAAAUGUCGAUGAAAUAGAAUUUCAUCCAAAAUUUACCACCGGAUUUUUAUCAAACGAAAGUAUAAUCCCUGGUGUUGAAAUCAUUAACGAAUCAUUAAACGUAUCCGAAUCAUUGUCAACAAAAGCUGUGUAUGGUGACGACACAAAGAACUACACUGCUUCAGAUUAUACAGACGAUACAAAUAUUUCCGAUAUCAAACAAGAUCCAAUGAGUAUGUCAUUCUAUCAGGAUAAAGAUGCUGAAGGAAAUGAUUUGGGUACAAAUCCAUUCGAUUUGAAUGCUGUCCAAAGGAUUCCAGAUAACUUAGAUGAGUUUAUUGGUGAGGAGCAGAAGACUGAUGAAGUUGAGCAAGCUCUUGAUUUUAUUGGCGAAGUGGAAGCAGCUGUAAAAUCAAAUGAUUUUGAAGAGAAAGAACAAGAAUCACCCAUGGAGGAUAAAUUUAAUAAUGAAUUUGAAUCACAUGAAAAAGCUGAAGAACCUCGUUCACCAAUUCCCGAUAAUGAUGCAGUUUUACAGGAACAAGUUUUAAAUUUCAACGAACAAACUGUCCCCGCACCUGCUGUAGCAGAUGUGUGCACAUUAGCAUCAAAUCCAUUAGAGGCCCAAGACGAAGAUCAAUUGGAGGUAUCACCCUUGCAAAAAUCUCCAUCCCUUCCAGAAGUAGGUGAAGUAGGAUAUGCAUCCGAUCCAUAUGUUGAAGAUCAACAUGAACCAGAACCGGUAACUGCAUCUCCAUUACCUGAUUUUGAAAUUGAAUCACCAGCUCCAGAUGUAGAAUUAACUCCUGAAUUGUUAUCAUCAAAAUCACCUGAUAUUGGAUUGUCUGAUGACGUUGCUAAAUUAUCUGUUGAUGUUGUUUCUCCAGGUGAAGAAAUGAUUUCAAAGUCACCAGAAAUUGAUUCAACAGCAGAAAUUGAUUCUAAGUCAGAUAUCAUUUCACCAGCCGAGGAAGUAUUAGCAAAAUCACCAGAUGUUCUUCAAUCUCCUGUUCAUGAACAUCAAAAUAUUGGUUCACCGUCUCCCAUUCCAGACGAUCGUAUUGAAUCACCUGAAGUAGCCGUAGAAGCUGAAUCAACCGCGGAGAUAACAUCUCCAGUACCAGAAAAAGAAACAAAUGAGGAAAAGGAGACAAAUCUUGAAAAAGAUGAUUUAGUAGAACAUCAAAUUGAUGAUUUUGCUCAAGAAGAAGCACAAUUGAUUCAGGAAGCUCAAUCACCUGAACCAGUAGCAAAAUCUCCAGUACCUCAAAUUGCAGUAUCUCCAUUGAAUGACCUUGUAGAAAAUCAAGAACUCUCAGCACCAUCACCAGCUGGUGAAUGUUUAGCUGCAUCACCAAUUCCUGAACCAUCAGAAUUACCAGUCCCACCAAAAUCUCCAACACCUGAACCCGCAGUAGCAUCCCUAAUUACUGAACCUGAAAUUGCUGCUUCACCAAUUCCUGAACCUGCAGCUGCUUCACCGAUGCCCCAAGCUUUAUCGCCAGAACCUAUUGCAUCUCCAGUAUGUUCUCCCUCACCAGUUCCAGAUAUUGUACAAGAAGUUGAACACAUUCCUACUCAUGUAGAACCGGAUCAUCAUGAGAUUCCAGAAGUAUGUGAUCAAAUUCCUACAGAAACUGUUCCAUCUCCAAUCCCAUCACAACAAUCUGUGAAUGAUGAAAUCGUUUUAGAAACCCAUAAUUACGAUACUUUCACAAGUCAACCAAUUGAAUAUGAAGAAAGGCAAGAGGAAAAAGUAUUACACCUUGAAGAAGCUACUCCAGCGGUGGAGGCACAAAAUGCAUUUUCACCCGAUGAAUUUGAUCAAGAAAUUAAAUCAACGGAAACACCUCCUCCAACUCCUGCAUUGAAUUUAGCUGAGCCAGCUUUAAUUAGCACAAGUCCUGAACCAAACAAAUUAGUUGAAGCUGUUGAAAAAAUAUCCGAAGAACAAAAUGUUAUCAAUGAAGUUGAAGCAGCCGUUAUUGCUGGAGCAGUUGCUGCAGGUGCAGCUGCAGCUGUAACUGCUGCAGUCGCAAGUAAAUCACCAAAACCAGAAAAGAAACCACUUAAAGCCACUUCAUCUCCUGCUAAAGCUGCUCCAGCCAAAAAACCUCUAGCAUCUACAACCAGAACUAGCACACCUUCAAAACCAACAACAUUAUCAAAAUCAAGUGCUUCACCUGCAAAACCAUUAUCAUCACCAAGAGUUCCAUUAGCUGCUAAAGCUUCACCACGAAGUGCAUCAACAACUUCUGCUCCCAAAUCAAUAGCCAAAAAACCAUUAACAAAUGGUGAUGUCAAACCCGCCACUAAGACAAGCAGCAGUGCCCCAGCGGCAAGUAGACCAGUUUCUGCUGCAGCAAAAUCUACAACAGCAAGUCGACUUGGAUCAGCACCAACUAAAACUAGUCCCACAUCGACACGUCCACCAAUUAGUCGACCAACAAGUGCAAAACCAAGUGCACCUGCCACAAAACCUUCUACAACAACUGCUGCUCCAAAACCACGAACUACACGAACUACGUUAACAACAUCGACCAGAACACCACUUACGAAUGGAGUUUCACCAAAACCAGCAGCUGCUAAGACAAAUUCAGUGGCUGCAAAGACAACUUCAACAUUAUCGGCUACUAAAACAUCAACAACAGCUUCACGAUCACUUUCAAAACCAUCCACAGCUUCAUCUACUACAAGCAGCACAUUAAGUUCUCGUCCAGCUGCCCCGCGAGUAUCAUCACUUACAGCUAAAAAAUCGCCAUUAGUUGAGAAAACACAAAAAGAUACAACAAAUAAACAAUUAUCAGCAACACGUACGACACAAUCAUCAACGCUAACAACUGUUAAACGAACGACAAAUGUUUUAAAACCGAAAACUGCCACUACUACAGGCACCACGAAUUCAACUAGCAGUACUCUUGUUAAGAAAACUGAAACUAAGUCACCACUACUAAACAAAGCAACCAGCAACAAUAAUGCAACAUCGAAAGUGGGUUCACGACCAUCAACAGGCACAUCAACCACCUUAAAUAGUAAUAGCAAGUCAACAGUAACGCGAACAUCAACAACAACUAAAAAAUUACCAGGUGUAACACGCACAACAAUUACUAAAACACAUACAACAUCUCAAUCAAGCAAUCCAAUUGUUGCACCGAUCGAACAGAAUCAAACAGUGACCUUGGUACAUGAGAUCACAAAUGUAAGUAUAGUUAACAAUACCGAUACAGAUUUAGCAACAAUAACAACAGCAACAAAUAAUUAUAAUCAACAAUUAGAUGAUUUAUUAAUAAAAGAUAAUCAUUCAGAGAUACCAACUCAACAACAUGAUUUCAUUGAAAAUAAUACUCAUUUAGAAAACAGUUUAAUUUUAAAUCAUGUCGAAUAA